AUGGUGGAAGUUAAUGAGGUGAGUAGUGGAAUAGAAGGGCACUACGACUGGAGAGGGCAGAAGGCCGAUCCUAAAAAGCAUGGUGGAGCGAGAGCUGCUAGCGUGGCCUGUGUUGUGGAGGUAUUAGAGAACAUGGUUUUCCUGUCCAAUGCCACGAACUUCGUCGCAUACUUCAUUACGUCAAUGCAUUACCCUAUUGCUGAAGCUGCUAACAUGGGUAUAAUCCUGUUAACAGUUCAAGCUCAUGAUACUCGAUUGCAACCAGCAUUACAUGAACGACCUUCUCAUUCUCAAGCUGCUGUUCUUUUCAGUGGACUUUACGCUAUUGCGACAGGAGUCGGUGGAAUCAAGGCUGCCUUGCCUGCACAUGGUGCUGAUCAGAUUGAUCACAGCAACCAGCGGUCCAUUUCCUCAUUUUUCAAUUGGUUCUUCUUCUCCUUAUGCACAGGAGGCCUCUUGGCCUCAACUGUUAUGAUAUGGAUUGAAGAGAACCGAGGGUUUCCAAUUUUUAGGUUCAAACGACCUGAUGGUAGUCCAAUUACAAGAAUCUUUAAGGUAUUUGCUUCUGCUUCUCGGAACCGGAAACUCUCAUCACAGUCAAUGUUGAUGAAUGAUGAAGUUGAUGGAAGUUCACACAAAAAGUUCAGGUUCCUAGACAAGGCAUUAUCUGAUGACACCAUCAGUGCAGUUCAAGUUAAGGAUACAAAGACUUUCCUUGGCCUGCUUCCCAUCUUUGGUAGCACAAUCAUGAUGAACUGCUGCCUGGCCCAAUUACAGACAUUUUCGGUGGAACAAGGGAGCAUCAUGAAUAGAAAACUAAACAAAUUCCAAAUCCCUACCCAGUCAUUGACGGUGUUCCCCCUCGUAGUCAUGCUUGCUAGCAUACCUAUAUUCGAACAUGUUGCAAGCACUUUCAAAAACAACAUUUCAGAAAACCGUUACAUUUUCAAACCACUCAAGAGGAUUGGACUUGGGUUAGCACUAGCAUCAGCAUCCAUGGCUGUGGCUGCUUUUGUUGAGUUUAAGAGACGUGAAGCAGCACAGAAUGGCCACACAUUGUCUGUGUUUUGGCUAGGGUGGCAAUACCUUUUGUUAGGUGUUUCAGAUAUGUUUACUCUUGAGGGAAUGUUUGAAUUUUUCUACUCAGAAGCACCUGAUAGCAUGAGAAGUAUUUGCACUGCAUUGUCAUGGUGCUCUACCUCUAUGGGUUUCUUCCUUAGCUCCGUACUAGUGUCUAUAACCAACUCUGUUACUGGCAAAUUGGGUCAUGAAUGGCUUGGAGGACCUAAUUUGAACCACAACCGCUUGGAUCUAUUUUACACAAUUCUUUGUAUUCUCAACUUCUUGAAUUUGCUGAAUUAUAUUUACUGGGAUAAGAAGUAUUAG